AUGCUUGGCAAAGUUGUCAGCGAUCAGCAGGAACCUUCCCUGGCGAAGCACGUGCGCCGCUUGACGCUGAACGUCGAUGAUCUCCUUGAUGAUCUCACACGAGCCGAGUGGCAAUGCUGCCCCAUGCAUGCCUCUCGAGCGACUUCAAACCGCUUGCCAGCCGCAGAUGAAGAGAGAGUCUCAAUCCUCCAAAAAACAUUGGUUUGUCGCCGUCGCUGGAGGGUGGAUCUGUUCUCGGCGAUCCUGGACAAAUUUGCUAUGCUAGAAGAUGUCGAUGUUCGUGUCAGAUUUCCCGCAGACUCAGCGUUGUUGCCGGAAUCUGUAGCCCAAACCCUCGAGGCCGACGUCGUCGCUACAAUCACGGACGUCGUCUUCGUUGUCUUGCCCUCAAAGCUACUCACGAUGAAGAGCCUUAUCAUCAAAUCUUGCCCCGAGUCUACGUGGCAGCGAGUCUCGCGAGGGGACUUGACUGGUCUCCGUGGUUCUCUGGGCUCUCUAAUCGCUGCCUCAAGUCUACUGAAGCUGCAAGUGGAGAUCUGGAUCCCUUAUGCCGACAGGUAUGCAGGACCAUAUCAGCCAGAAACGCCCUGCCCGGGUGCCCACCGACUGAACACGAUUUCUUUCCAAAGCUUGCAAGAGUUGCAUCUGAACUUUGCGGUGCGAAUUGGUGAUCGCACCAUUCCUGCUCAGCGAGCUCCAGUGGAGCAGUGCAGGGCGUUGCUCAGCUCAAACUUUCAGUCUCUUCGCGUACUGUCUCUAAAUGGGUUCUGGUUUGAUGAUCAACAGCAGCUGAGCACGUUCCUUGUUCGGUCCACGCCAGAGCUGCGGAGCAUCACUCUUGGCUGCACUACUCUUCAACGAGGCCUUUGGUGGGAUUUCCUCACAAGCCUGCGUGACUGUCCACAUCUUGACCGUGUACGUCUAGUAGGACCUGUCCUGCGUGAUGCUUCAUCGCUCAGCUGGCGUCUGACGCCGAAAGAGAUUGAUCCGCGUCCCCUAGACUUCGGAGAUAGUGUGACACACAAAGAGCUGGAGGAUUACGCUACCCGAAGGUCAGAGAUCGAUCCUCGCCACCGCCUGCGGCCAGACAUCGAGCGAAUCAUCGUCUGGGGCGCGCCUCACGAAGUCGCGCUGUGA